CCGUCAAUCUAUCGGCUAUAUAGUCAUUCAAUACAGUAAAACAUGGCGGAGUUUAUUUACAUGGAGUUGAAAUAUUUUGAAAUAUCGAAGAAUUCCGAAGUUCCUUAUUGUAAAAGAAAUUAAAAUUGUUUUGAGUAUAACGGAGAACGGCUAUGUAAAACGUCUUUAUGGUAGCCACCGUGCAUGUCCAUGUUUUAGACAUCGGAAUGAAAAAUCAGUGGGACUGUUAGAUGCCAGUACCCCUAUCAUUAGCCCCCUACCACCAUGCCGGAUACGAAGCCCGGGGGUCGUGAUGGCCGCCCGCCAAGCGAGAAGGUCAAGGUCGUUGAGAAGAAGAAUACCCGGGUGUAUGCACAGACCCAUAGUCCACAGCACUUUGUUGAGCGGAAAUGGAAUAUAUGCUGUUUACCGCUUCUCGCUUUGAUCUUGAUAGCGCUAGGAAUUAUCUUGAUUAUACUCGCAAGUGUUAACGACGUGCCGGACUUAUACCUGCUAGGGGCCAUUUUUCUCUUUGGAAGUGUUGUGUUUUUCGGAAUGAUGUACAUGUCCAUUUGUAGACCAAGAUGCGAACGUAAUGUUGUAAAUAAUUACGCAAUGACUAGUUCCACAAAACCGUUCAAAGACAUGAAGUCGCCAUUGGAGCCCGCGUUUAAGGGCUACUAUAACACAAACUUUGAGAAGGAUGAUAUUGACGAUAUGCAGUCCGCUCCAACGGAGAAUACCCUCUACGAUCACAGAAUGCGUUCCUUCCUAGCGACCCCGGCCACCGUUAAGGACGUCCGGUUCGAGAAUGGAACCCCACCGCCGCCCCGCCUCGCGCUUCCUGCAGAACCCGGUAGCACCGGAAACCCCGUGUUCACGAAGGAGAUUCAGAGACAAACGUCUGCGGAUGAUAGAGAAAUGAGUGACCUUGAACUUCUAUAACAUCUACAUCGAUGACUCUACUGCUGUUUUUCAUUACUGUUAUGAAAAGAUAUUUGAAGUAGAUUAUCAAUGAUGCUUAAGUCACGCAUGUUUCAAAUCGUUUAAAGUCAGUAAGUUGUAGAAUGUCAUAUGUUUCAAACAGCGAAACUAUCGAUUUGAGUUAUGCCUCUCAUGAAAUACUAGUAAAGCCUUUGAUUCUCACUCAUUGAAGUUUAUUACGGCCUUACGCUUAUGAGAAAAACAAUUAUCCUCUAUAUAAUUAAAGAAGAGUAAUGACUUGUAAAAUGUACAAAUGAGGUAAUGUAAACGUUGACGUUUGAUAAAGUUAUAGCCCCUAGUGCACUGAUCCCAUCGAUGUAAUGGGUCGAAUGCGUACAAGACAAAAUGAAUUUCGGUUCUGAGGGAGGGGCGCAAGUCAAAUGAUUACGCACCUAAGUCACGCCCUCGCUAACAUCAAAUCCUGGAUCCAACCCUGUUAAGUGUAAAUAACUUUAUGUCAUACUAAGUAUGCAAUCCAAACAGGUUUGGUUGAAUGUUUUUUUACCUCUUCCAUCCAGGACACUGUUUAAAUAAUUCUUUUUACGCAGUGAGUUAUUCGUCGGAUGCUGCUGUGAAGUAAUGUUGAAACCUUCGUCCCAUACUGAUCAUUUACAGACAGGUAUUGAAAGUAAAUAUCGAUUUUGCAGGUUUAUUUGAGAAACGUUGUGAAUUGCGAAUAUGCAUCAUACUUCAAUUAAUUAUCAUUUCAUUCUUUAUUUUGCUCAAAUCUCACUUCUAUGUUGUACGUUGUCGUUCAUUCCUGUUGAACCUCUUACACAGUUGUAUCUGUGAAAUGUAGCAAUAACUGUAUGUAGUGUAUAGUUCUGAGUAACUUGAUUUUAUAGAAUGUGCCAAAUUUUUGUCUUAGAUUGAUAUUGUAUUGUACCUCUUUUAGUUAAUACUCCAUGCAUGUUUGUCAUUUUUGUUACUUUCUUAAAAGAUGUCAAAGAAAAUAAUAUUUCAGAUACCAUG